AUGUUGAACAUUAUGUCAUUGAAGAAGAAGAAGGUGGACGGGGAAGCGACAAGUUCCAAACGGCCCAAGACAACCGCUGCACAGAUCAGAUUACAGAAAGACUUGGGCGAUAUGGACAACAUCCCCGGCACGAUGACGCUCACGUUCCCGGACCCAAAUGAUACCUUCAACUUUGUAUUAACGAUCAAGCCAGAUGAAGGAUUUUACCAUGGCGGUACUUUCACCUUCACUUUCAAAGUGAAUUCCAACUACCCGCAUGAACCACCAAAAGUGCUGUGCACACAGAAAAUAUACCACCCCAACAUCGACCUCGAAGGAAACGUCUGCCUAAACAUCCUGCGAGAAGACUGGAAGCCAGUACUAAAUAUCAACUCGAUAAUGGUCGGGCUACAAUACCUGUUUCUGGAGCCGAAUGCCGACGAUCCGCUCAACAAGGAUGCAGCAGAGGUUUUGCGAUCUAACCGACGACAGUUCGAACAGAAUGUGACUAGGUCGAUGCGGGGAGGGUCGGUGAAUGGUGUCAGUUUUGCUGAUGUCACUCGAUGA